AUGUCACAGUACGGAUACGGUGGUCGUCAAAACCCCUUUGACCAGCGGGAUGACUCCCCCUCGGGAGGAUACGGCGCCCCUAUGAGAGGUCCUCCUCAGCAGUCUUUUGGCUCAGGACCGUCUCCCUACGGAGGAAGAGGAUAUGAUAACGCACCGUCAAUGGGUAGGGACCAAUACGGAGCCAACGUCGAAAUGGAGUCCCUCGCCCAGAACGCCGGUGGCUUUGGCCAGUCUGACCCUCAAGCGAUCCUCAACGAGUGCCGAUCCAUCGAUCAGGGCAUCGACCAGAUCGAGUCGAACCUGAACCAGCUGCGCAUGCUGCAGGAGCGAACCCUCACGGAUGCCGAUACCUCAGCCAACUCGGCGACCGCCCGCCAGCUAGACGCUCUCUCCUCCGAGACCAUGACCAUGUACCGAUCUCUCACCGACCGUGUUCGCCAGGUCAAGUCCUCUCCCGAUGGUCAGUCCGCAAGAAACGCGCCGCAGGUCGGCCGCGUCGACCGCCGCCUCAAGGGCGCCAUCCAGCAGUACCAGCAGGUCGAGUCGCAGUUCCGCAAGCGUACUCAAGACCAGAUGGCCCGCCAGUACCGAAUUGUCCGCCCCGACGCCGAUGAGCGCGAGGUCCGUGAAGCUGUUGAGGACGCCGGUGCCGGUGCCCAGAUUUUCCAGCAGGCCGUUAUGCAGAGUGGUCGCCAAGCCCAGGCCAACGCUGUCCUCAGCGCCGUCCAGGACCGCCAGGCUGCCCUGCAGAAGAUUGAGCAGCAGAUGGUCGAGCUCGCCCAGCUAUUCCAGGAUAUGGAUGUGCUCGUCGUGCAGCAGGAGGCCGCUGUCACACAGAUUGAGCAGAAGGGCGAGGAGGUUGUCGAGAACCUCGACAAGGGUAACCAGGAAAUUGGCGUCGCCGUCACUACCGCACGCGCGACCCGCAAGAAGAAGUGGUGGUGCUUGGGUAUCAGCGUCCUCAUUGUUGCCAUCAUCGUUGCCGUCGUUGCCAUCUAUUUCGCCGUUAUAAAGCCCAGCCAGGCUGCACCUGCACCCGCCGCGGCCAAGCGCAGUCUCAACCUCGAGUCCCUCCCCAUCUCCAACAGCGUGCCCGUCGAUAUCGGCACCGUUCACCCGCAGAUCCUCAAGACGAGCAGGAUCAUGCGCCGAAUCGUUCAGCCGGGCGCCUCCUGGGAGCCCAACGCCGUGCAAGAUGCCUCGGUUGUUCCUCGCGUUGGCGGCAAGUGGGACAUGCCCGCCGUCCGCAACUAG